AGAAUAUCUGGGAGAAAAAGCUCUCAUUCCUUCAACCCGUAUGGGUAUUGGAAUUGCAUACGAAAGCUCAAAUUAUUUGUUGCGCGCGCACUUUUCCACCCAACCACCCACCAAUACAGAGAGGCACAUGCGAAAUCGCUGCUCACCCAAAACGUCCUCUUCUGCAGUGGAGCAAUGGAGAUUUUUCAACUUGGGUGAAAAGUUGAGUGAAAAACCACUCAUUUAUCCUUCAAAACCUACAUUUCACUGAAAUACUUCCGUGGAAAUUGAAAGUGUUCACAUAAUAGUGAUCAAUUUGGUGUAUUUUGUGGUGUCAUUGGCACAAAAAAAGCGAAGAAUUUGUGAUAACUUUCAUUUGUGAAAAUUUCCUUAGUGUGCGCAUAAUUUCUGCAAUAUCUAGAAAAUUCUUAAGAAAAAGUCCAUUUACGCGAAUACAUAUCCUCAGCAAAACCACAAAAACAUCUUUAAUCAGUCGGAAAAGCUUGGAGAAAGCUAGAAAAUUUACAAAAAUCUGUUCAAUAUCGUCUACAAUGGCAUGCUAACUACAUAAUCCAGGAAAAGUGAAGAGUUCCUGCAUAAAUAUAAUUCUUCAGAAGUAAAAGCUUCCACAUAAAAGCUGUAGAGAUACCAGGAAAAAAGGAGGCUACAAAAAAUUGACGGAAUAUAUAGUUUAGGUCAGUUUUUUGCGUGUUUAAGCUGUAUGACGAGAAAAUCAAUAUCCUUCCUACAAGUUCUACCAUGUUUGGCUCUAUAGAAAAUUACAUGAAUCAAUAGUGAAACGGCGUGAACUCACCAUUGACAUUUCGCUGUGUAUCCUUCGCUACAGAAACCUAAUUAUUCUCACUGCAAUCGAGUAAAAAAUGCCAAAGAAGGUCCCCGUUGAAGAUUUAAUAAUACCGCCACAGGAUACAAAAAUAUGCGGAACAAUAUGUAUAUGCCAGAUGACACUUGUUCUGAGCUCUGUGGCUCUUGUAUACCUCACUGUGGCUAUCUACAUGCCCUCAACCAGAGCUUUCAACAGCGGCAUCAUAGAGGUGCCCGUGAUGUGCACUACAACCAGGGCGGUGAACAAAGAUAAUUGCGAAUGGGGCUCAUGUGGUGAGUGGUGUCUAAGCAAGACAUCUGGGGCCUGCAUCCAAAUUUAUGUUAAUCUCCGCAACAAUGGCAGCAGUUUAACUCUAGCAAACUGUACAAAUUCAGCGAAUAAAACAUGCUACGGAAUAGACCAAGAGAACUCCAAGAAAGCUCGUUGUAUUGCAGAUGAAUGCAAAAAUUUAACUGGCACCUUCAAUUGCACAGCUGGCGCCUGCAUAAAUAUAACUGAUGCUUUCGAAUGUGUAUUUGCCAGCACAGACCUACCACUAAAGUGUUCCGGAAGACGUGGGAAGAUAACAUGCAUUGAAAUUUCGGGUCUCUUUACCUGUAAUCGUGGAACAUGUCGUAAGAUACGCACACCCUACAACUGCGAUCGCCGAUGCGUGGAUAUUCCAACUCGCAAUAAAAACAUCGUCCUACUAUCGGGUGAUAAAGUCUAUCUAUCGCAAUGUCAGAGCGCCAUAGAUAAAACAACACAGCAAGAAGUAUGGAACGAAGAAGAAGAUAAUGUCUUGAUGGCUUCUUGCUACAACAUACAAAACACUUCGGGCGGCGUUGAAGCAGUUGACUGCAUAAAUGGAUCAGUACUGGAUAAAAAUGUCCUUACAGAUCUCACGAAUUUUACCUACUUGAGCUACCUACACGUAGCAGUAGCCAAACCUCAAAAGCUAAUAGCACCAUUGGAACAAGAUUUAACGAUCUCAAAUGAAUCAAGGCUCAUGAUAAAUCUCGAGGGUUGUGUCAAUACUCUACAAGAUGAGUGUAGGGAUUUCCUCAAGGAUUACGGAAAGGAUGGUACGGAUCACAAUGCAAGAGCAAGAUUUCCAUGCUUCUUCUCAGACAACAAUAAGGAAAUUGCAGUGGCACGUUUUGAUCUCGAAGUAACCUAUCGCCAAUUUCUCGUGGCAUCCAUUUUACCAUCAGUUCUCUUCGUUGUGAGUUGCCUCACGCUUAUCUUAUGCCAACGGAGCGUUGUUGUGGGUGAUGAUGCAAAAAUGCGUUUCAAAGGAUGCGUCAGUACGGAUACAAUACUUCCUCCUGGUAGCAAAAACAACUCACAGCAUAACUUGGGUGAUGGCGGUGGUGGAGGAACGGAUUCUGUUAUGGCUCUCUGAGAUCCGUCACGCAUUCCUCUACUGCAAGAAGAACGAGACAGUCCAACACAUCAUUUAUCUGAUGACGUUUUCACAUUAGACAAAUAAAUUGCCUCACUCUUUGCAUAACGCAGAGCAAAUAAGAAAAUCUUCUACAAUCACAAAUUUCAACAAAAAAAAUCUAGCAUAAAGAGCUGUACAUAAAUUUGCACAAAAAUUCAAUACAUCAAGAGAUAACACACUCAUUUCCUUCUAUACACGAAAAGUGAAUUAGGCGGUCGCACUCUUUGCUAAAUUUUAUUUCUUCAAAAAUAUUAAUAACUUCAUAUUAAAUAACUUUUAAAUAAAGAAAAAGUUUAAAUUUAAAAUUAUAAAAUAGAAACUCAACAGAAACUAAAUUGUGAUAAUUGCUCGUGAAAUUGGGUGCAACAACUAUUUAUAUAAGAUAAUACCUUUCACCACUAAUUUAACUUCACCUCUGCUAUUUAAAUAUCUCUGCGAAACAACGGAGAAGUUUUAUUGAUUUCGGCAACCAAGAGGGACCCAGUCACAGAAAUAUAUUCCAAAGAAAAUACGCGAAAAUAUAUACAAUUUAACACACACACCGUACAGAAUAAAGUGAUGAAAGAAAAUCUUGAGGUACAGAAAACGAUCAUAAGGAAUUAGUUUUGGGCGAAUCGGGAGGAAUGCGUGAAGAAAUUUAGAAACAAAAAUUAACUUACUAUACAUAAACACAUAUAAAUUCUUUAAUAAAUGAAAAACUUUUAAUGGAAAAAUAUUGUUAGAUAAAAAAAAUUUAGAAAGACUCAUUCGAUAGUAGAUGCUACAGAAAAAUUAUUAAACAAAAA